UUUUGUACACCCAAGGUCUUAAACCCGAUGGACUGACAAAUUUGAUAGCUCGCUGGUCGGCGAUAUUCUGGUGACGAAUGGCGCACUUUGUCCGGCGCAUCUUAGCAUCUUCCCUCAUUCGAGCUCUCUCUCAUUCUUCGUCUUCUCGUACAACUGUUUGUCGCUCUCGUUUCCCACUGGCCUUGCUCGCCGCCAGACAAGCCCUUCUGGUUCCAAAUCGAUUAAAAACUUCCGGGUCGGGUUACUCGCCCUUGAACGACCCGUCGCCGAACUGGAGCAACCGCCCUCCUAAAGAGACGAUUCUUCUCGAUGGCUGCGACUACGAGCACUGGCUCAUUGUCAUGGAGUUUCCCGAUAAUCCCAAACCCACUGACGAGGAAAUGAUCAACGCAUAUGUCAAAACCCUAGCCCAGGUCGUAGGAAGUGAGGAGGAGGCCAAAAAGAAAAUAUACUCAGUUUCUACUGCCACGUAUACUGGUUUUGGUGCCCUGAUUUCCGAAGAGCUUUCUUACAAGGUUAAAGGAUUACCUGGUGUUCUUUGGGUGUUGCCGGAUUCAUAUAUUGAUGUUCCCAACAAAGAUUAUGGAGGUGAUUUAUUUAUUGACGGGAAAGUAAUCCCUCGGCCACAGUACAGAUAUAGUGAAAGGCAAACAACAAGGAACAGGCCUCGGCCGAGGUAUGAUCGGCGCAGGGAAACAAUGCGGGUUGAUAGGAGAGAGCCUGCCCAUUUACAGAAUCUGAGCCAAGGUCAGGGAGUACCCCUGCAGCAAUCAAGCCCAAUGGAUAGCCAAAACUCAGCAUCAAGUGGAGCAACCCAAGCAAAUCUGAACAAUAGCUGAGUAGCAAUGCUUGAGAAAUUUCUAUACAUGUGAAACAAGUUCGCUAGUCUGAGAAAGCUAAGGUUUGAGUUCACUGGACAUUCAUUUAGUGAUGAUAUUUGGCGGCAUGAUAAAGAAAAAAUUAUAUGUACUCGGAAGAUUGAUUCAAGUACAAAACGUGGACGUAAAGGCUUAUCAGUUUUGUUUUGAUAUGCAAUUCAGAUAUCUGACAAUUAUAAUUGAUAGCAGUAGAAUGAGAAUGAAAUGCAGACAGUUCUUUUGAUUCA